AUGACUGAACAACCCGUCAUGUUUUCUUACUGCUCGGCUGAAGCCAAAGUGCCAGAGUCCAGUCAACUCCCUCCCGGUAAUCUGAUUACACAGGAUGGGAGGCCAGGCUUUUUGGCCGCCAACAAGAACCUCUUCUGGCCUAACAAUUCGAAGCUUAGGGUUAGGUUUCUCAACGGCACUGCAGUGCAGAAGAAAAAGACCCGGUUCUACGCCGAGAGAUGGGAGAAGUACGCCAACAUUGACUUUCGCUUCAUUGAAGAGGGCGAUGCUGAUAUCAGAAUCGGAUUUCGAUGGAAAGGAGACUGGGGAUCUUGGUCAUAUGUUGGCAAAGAUGCUCAAAAGUUCGCCCUUGGUCAGAAUUCGGCAACGAUGAACUUUGGCGACUUGGAUGAUAACAGCCGCGAGGAAGUGUAUUCUCGGGUUGUCACACACGAGUUCGGCCAUGCAAUCGGCUGUGUUCAUGAGCAUCAGGCCAAUCCCAUUGAAUGGAACGUCCCAGCAGUGAUUGCGGGUUGCAAAGCCCUGUACGGCUGGAACGAAGAAACAACACGAAGUCAAAUCAUCAACAAAGAGGACUUUCGAGCCCUCGUCAAAACAGAUUUUGACCCCAACUCCAUCAUGUGUUACUACUUCCCAGACUCGUGGACCGCCGACAGCAUCGCCGCACCCACAAAUCUCAACCUGUCAUCUACUGAUAAGAGCUUCAUCGCCAAGAUCUACCCUUUCCAGACGCGCAACGAAGGAGAGUUGAGCAUUGAUCCCAGUAUCCGCCCCUGGUAUCCCCCAGUUGCCCUCAACUCCAAGGCCAUCCUAUUUACCCCUCCUUAUCUCGUGGCUCCGCGUGUCACGCUCGGGCUGAAGCUUCUCGAUGUUGGUAAUUCGGGCAAUAUCAGCGUUCGUGCGGCUGCUGCGAAAGUCACCGAGACCGACUUUGCUCUCAGCAUUGACUCUUGGGCUGAUGCGCAGUUGUUCAAUGCGGCUGCGGCAUGGAUUGAAUUCACUGAAUCUGACAGCGACUACCAAGUUGGAGAAUUCAACACGCUCGACAGUCGAAAACUGACCAACUUUCCCGCAACUGACAAAGAUGGAAUCCGUCGAGACACGGAGCACUUUGACUUUCCUGACGGUCAAUAUACUGACGAACCCAACAUCCUCGUCUGGCUGAGCGCAAUCGACCUGGACAAAGGCCACAACUGGAGAGUCAAGGCUCACGCCACCAACAUCACAUCUUCAGGCUUUGACCUCAACAUCGACACGUGGGCUGACACCAUCAUGUUCAGUGCAACAGCCUCUUGGGUGGCAUAUCCAAAGGGCCAUGAGGGUGUUGCAAAUGGCAGGGUCAGUAGCAGUGACCUGCGGGACUGGUAUCCCCCCUCCGCCCUGGAUAGCAAGAAGGUCAAGUUCCCUCCCAAGGUUUUUGACAGAGAACCAAAGGUCUUUCUCGCAAUCAGCGAGUUGGACUUGGACUCCUCAACCAACCUUCGUGUCAAGGUUAGCGCUGACAAGAUUGAUGCGUCUGGGUUUGUUUGGCGUGCUGAGUCGUGGGGUGACAGCAGCAUGUUUAAUGUUGGUGCAGACUGGAUUGCUUUCGGGUAG